UCAUUUUUGUGGUUACUGUAUGUCAGUUUCUCGACGCAUCGCGACCAUUUCGAUGGCUAGCUUCUAUCUCUUUGUUUUAUAACGAAUUUAACAAACAUAUUUUCAUUAAAAUAACCACAUAUUUGUGGGCAAUAAUCAAGGUGCACUUGUCAUAUAUGUAAUACGUAUAUUCUUAUACGAUAUUUACUAUAAGUGAUUCAUUCUAAGUGAAGUGCGUACGCAUAUAGGUGGUGAAACAGUUUUGUGCGUUAUUUUUAGUUAAAAUAAUCACAAUGCCUGCUAGUGCGGUUUAUCAGCCAACGACGGUGACUUAUGAACAGCAACCUAAUGAUCAACGCUGGAAUUGCCCAAUCAGCUACUUCUCACGAAGGGUGACAAGUAGCUUGAACCGGGUUGUGUGCAUACGACUGGCAUUGUGCCUCUUUGGAAGCACUUUGUUUAUUAUAGGUCUUGCACUUCUAAUAGCCGGUGGUGUACAGUAUUCCAACUCGCCUGCGACGCCCACGCCACAAGACUCCGAUAACGGGUUCGGAGCCCUCAUCGCUGGCGGUGUUAUAUUGUGCCUUGGACUGCUAUUCGCAGGAGUAGGCGGAUGGGCUUGGUCGGCUCGCUGGGGAGGAGGCAAGGAGGCACCAGCUAGCGGUGCUGCUGCACUAACUGCGCUCAACCCAUCAACGGACCCAUUGGUUGCUGCACAGUACGCGCCUGUACGAGAUGCGCCGCCUGCGCCCGAUGACGAAAUGCGAAACCUUAUGGACAACAAGGAAUGUUUGAGCAGUGCAGAAGAAAGUGACAAAAUGCUUGAUGGUCGACCGUCUGUGGCGUAAAUAAAGAUAAAAAAUAAAAGGUAUUCUUGUAAACAAGUUCUGAAACAUAAAUGUCCACCUAUAAAAAUAUUUUCAAUCUUUCAAACGGACGAUUGUACUUAAAUUAUAUAAGAAAGAAUUUAUUUUUAUGACAAUCGCCUUUUAAAAAUUGGAUAGGGAUUUAACCAGUUUUGUUUUGGUAACAGAAACGAUACCUUUCAAACAGAAAAGGACAAAAAUUUGAGGUAUAUUAUUUAAUAUAUCUAUACUUAGUUGAAUUGCAUUUUACGGUACAAAUUAUAUGCGGCAGUUUUAUAUGUGUGAUAUUUUAUUUACAUUUUAUUUUAUUUUGACUUAAUAUUAUAUCUUAGUGUCACGUGUAGAACCCGACUUAUGUUUGAAUAAACAACAACACAUUGUUUAUAUAUUCUGCCUUUAUCAAAAGUAUUUUUUGUAAAGUGUUCAAUUUAGAACUAUAAUGUAAUUCUAUUUAAUGGUAGAAUUAUAAAUUACAGAUAUAUUUUCUUGAUGUUAUACACACGAUCAAUAUUCAUAAAAUAUAGUUUUCGUAGAUGAUAAUGGUAAUUUAGAAGUCAUGUGGCCAAAUUAUCGUCCAGUUUUAAAAAUUAGAUAUAAUGUCCAUAUAUAAACGUUUUUCAGUAAUAAAGUUAUGUAAUGACAUUGUAUUGUAGCAUACGUAUUUUUGAUGUUUCAAAUCUAAAAUGUAGGCGUAUUUUUGGUUGUAUAUAAAAUGUGCAUUUCAAUAGAUAGUAUAUAUAUAAGAAUAGUGUAUGUAUUCGAAAAAUAUUUUCAUAGCUACGUACCGGUUUUUGUUUGUCAUCGAUGUUUGACAUUUAUUGAAUAUCAAAAUAAAAAAUAAAACCUCAAUCGAAAUUUAAAUGUGAGGUAUUUUGAACGUUUCUCUUUGUUCAUUUCGUACAAACUACUGAUUACUCUCUUUUUCACGUAUAUUAUAAUAAUGCAUUGUAACAGUUCUACUACCUAAUAGUAUAUAUUAAGUUUCCUUUGGAAAAUAAUAUUAUUAAAACAGUAACAUUUCAUCGAUAUCGUUAUUUGAAUCAUCACAAUUUCCAACUUAUAUCUCCGUGUAUAUGGCAACAAAAAUAAAUUAUUAUUUUGGAAGAAAACUUACUGUUAUUUAAGUAUCUAUUUUUUUUUUAAUUAUAUGGAAGAAUAAAUAAUGGGUCACUCACACCUUCACAAUAAUAUGAUGCGUUGGUACAUUUAUAUAUGAAAUGCAAAAUUUAUAGGAUGGCAUCACUUGUAUGUCGUAAAAAACCCAAGUUGAAAUGAUAAUAAUUUACAGCAAACAAACUUGAAAGUUAGCCAUAAGAAUAUACAUUAAUAUUAUUUAUCUGUUUCUGCAAUUUUUUAUAUUUUCAAUAUUUGUUUUUAUUCUAUACAUUUUAUGAUUUAUGAAAAUGUUUAAGUAUUUAAUACAAUAGACAAAAUAAUGCCUACUCCUUUUCAUUACAUUUUAUUUACAAUCUGUUGAGGUUUAUUUAUAGAAUAAAAAAAGAUGUAAUAUGUUUUAAAUACCCUAAUUGGACUUAGCUUUAGGUUAGUUUUUUUUAUAAUUACUACUAUAAAUGUUGUGUUAAUUUUGUGUUGAGACCGUCCUGAUUAGUUGUUAAGUGUAGGUUGUUUAUGUCCAAACAAUGACAUUUCGAAUUAAUUCUGAUAAAUAACUGUUUUUUUUUAUUGGUAUGAAUAUAACAAUGUUGUUCAAACGUAUUAUGAUAAAUUCGAUGAUAUCUUUGUGUCUGCAAAAAUAUAAGUAUAUUUGACUUGGUAUUGAUGGACUGUACCUAUAGCAUUUAAUUGAAAAUAUAGGGUAAUGUAAUGUAAUUGAUAUUAAAUGUACUUUAGGCUCUGCAAUAUUCAAAUUUAUUAUUUCGAAUGACAUUACUUUAAAACAAUAAAAAAAAUAAAGAUAAAAAAAACUAAGAAUGUAAAUAAAAACAAUAUUUAGCUAAGCAAAUCACAAGUUAGCCAUAAGCAUACUAUAUUUUAAUAAUCAAGUUAAUAUAAACUGUUUAUGUAUUAUUUCUAUUCUAUACAAUUUUAUUUUAUUUUUGUUUGUGGUGCAAAUGAGAUUUUUAUGGUGUGUCGAAUGAUGUUAACUUAUACUUAUUUUUAGUACUUAAAGUACAUAAAUUAUUUUAUAAUAUUUAUGUGUACUUAAUAUCUUCAAUCUCCAUUUAAAUAAAUAUAUAAGAAUAAAA